ACCUUCCAAAAUCCAACACAACCAUAAUAAAGCAACCAUUUCUGAUAUGGCAGAGUCUACUUCAUUACGUCUUGACGAAGAGACUGGCAGUCAAACCGUUUUGUUGGACAAAGAAGAGACAAGUGUUGGAGAGGUAAUUUCUGGUCUUUAACUUAGAAUUAGACAAAUUUAACUUAAAAUUAACUUUUAAGAGUUAAGCCAAUUUUAAUAUUACUAUAGACUAUAAUUUAUAUUUUAUUUAUAGUUUAUAAUUUAUAGUAUCAGUAUAAAAUGUACUAUGUUGUUACUAUUAUACUUAAAACUAUACUAUGUACAAAAAGUAUGAUUUUUUGUAUGUAUAGUAUAAUUAUAAUAAAAAUGCUGAAGUAGAAGUAAGACCUAUGGAGCCUAGUCUUAGUUAUUAAUUAGGGCUAAUUAAGGGGGCUUAAAAUUAAGUCCAAUUGGCACACUUCUACCCAUUUUAGUCCAACAGUUAACAUUUUACUUCUUUCAUUUUAUAGUACUUAAUUAUACAUAACAUGUUCUACACUGGCGCUAGAUGUAUUUUAAUUUAAUAUUUAUUUGUUACUGUUUUAUUGUGUGUCGCAGUAUAGGUUGUUAUAAUUAUAACCUAAGCCUAUUGUUAAUGAAAUGAUACAUGAUUUUUUUUUAAAAUUCAGAGCCCCCCAGUUCUUCAGUUGCGUUUGCAACAACCCAAAACUGAACCCAAAGUUAAGUGGUCGACAGACACUAUUGACAAUGAAUUUAUGGGCAAGAAAAAGUCCAAAUGUAAGAUUGUUUGGCUUAUACUUAUGAUUAAUAUAUUUUAAAUUUGAUUCUUGAUUAUAUCAAGAUUAAGUGAAUUUAUUUAUUAGAUAACUGUAUGCAGGUUAAAUAUAUUUAUUUAUUAGUUAAAAAUAAAUUAUUCCAUGUAAAUAAUUUAAUUCCUGUUAACAUUUUCAGGCUGCUGUAUAUAUGAAAAGCCAAAAGUAUUUGGUGAAUCCGAAUCUUCAUCUUCAGAUGAAGAAGAUGAAGGAUGUACGCCUCAUUGCCGAGGUCAUAAGAAAAAAUGUUACAGACACCGCCCCCAUGGACAGGAACCCAAUAAAAAUCCUAAUGACCACAAUGACCAUGACUGCGAUGGUCAGUAAAUAAAUGAAAGAGAAGUUAGAGAAUAUAUGCUCUAGAAAGCUAAUUACUGGUACUUAACUAGGGCAUUUGGAUUGGCAAAGUAUUUUAAUAUGAAUGUUCAAAACUAACUCAUCUGUUUCUACAUAAGCAUUUUACAUAAACCCAACACUAACACACAAAAAAACUACAUUGCAAUAUUAAAGUUAUUGAUGAUUUAUAUUCAUCAAAUGUUUGUGAAAAUAUUUUCCAGGGCCCAGUAGGAAUCCAGAAAAUGAUGGCACAGACGUUUCUGUAAAUCAAGUAUGAGCAAGAAUGACGAUGAGAUUAGAACUUGUGUUGUCUUGUGAAUUUAGAGAACAAAGUGAGCUUUCGUUAUUGUCUAGUUCCGGAUAUUUGAUUUUAUAUUAAGUAUUUAUUUAUGCCACAUAAUUUUGCAAUUUUCUUAAAUAACACUGAAUAACAGAACAGUAAAUAAAAAAAAAGAUGGGGGAAAAAAUUUGUUUUGAUUUAGCUAAUGGAUUUGAAGAAAUCACUAUGAAGUUCUUGUAUUAAAUUGUUAAGGAUAUAAAGAUCAAAUAAAUUCUGAAUCAGUGAAUGUCAUAUUAUUAGAGAUCCCAAAGUUACUUACUGGUUUAAACUGAAUGCUUAUGAUUUUAAAGAUUUAAAAUUAAAUUAAUGAUGACUAUUCUGCAUUAAUGUGGUAUUAACAGUCAUGCUGAGAUGAAAUUUAAAUUCGUGACUUUUGGUCGAUAUGUUAUGUAUUGAUUUACUUAUGCACAAUGUUAUAUUUAUAAAUGUAUUAUACCUUUUUGAAUUUUGCAAACCAAGAUUUUUAUGUUUAAAUGUGCUCUCCGGCUUAGGGUCGGAUGUGAAUUUACUUUACUGUCAGUUACUGCUUGUGAAAUCGCAACAGAAAUGGGGCUUCUCUGUCGUUGUUUCAUGAAAAUGGCAAUCAGCCUUUAUAGAUGUUUAAUUCGUCCACCUGUAUCAACUUGAAAUUUGAAAUAACACUAAAAUGUUUUGAUAAUGGGGAAUUUGCAUAUAGGUAAUAUACACUUAGAAAUAAACCUUAAUGAGUUUCUGGCAAAUUGUGGGCUAAACAGCUGAAUUCUUUUACUUUUUCACCCAGACUAUAACUAUAAACAUCUAUUUGUUGUUCAGGAUAACCAGAUUUAUUCCUAUCAUAAAUUACAGCCAGAAUGUCAAUAAUAAUGGUGUACAAAUUCGCUUACGAAAGCCUUUAAAAAUACAUAAUUCAUUCCAGUAUUUCCAGACGAACCCAAAGGAACUAUUUUUGGAAUGAAAUCUAUAUAGUAGUAGUAAGUAUAUUUAAAAUUAAAGGAAGAUCAUUUUUAAAAAUUCAAAGCAAAUAAAAAAUAGUAAUUAAAAAUUCCAACAACA